AUGUUUAUUUUUACUUCAUACUUUUGUUUCAUUUUAGUACCACUACGUGCAAGUUCCAUUGAUAUUCAUCCGAAUGCAACAUGGUCAACGAAUGGUAUAACUGUUGCUGGAGGAAAUGGAUGGGGCAGUGGAACCAAUCAACUCCAUAACCCAUGGGGUUUGUACGUCGACGAUGAUCAAACGAUUUAUAUCGCUGAUUGUGCAAAUCACCGUAUUGUGGAAUGGAAAUCUGGUGCAACGAAUGGAAAAGUAGUUGCUGGUGAAAAUGGAUCAGGUAAUGGAGCUCAUCAGUUACACUGCCCAGUAGAUGUGAUUAUCGACAAAGAGACCGAUAGUCUCAUCAUCUCCGAUGUUAGGAGUAAAAGAGUAGUUCGAUGGCCUCGUCGAAAUGGUACUCGUGGAGAAACAAUUAUUUCGAAUAUCGCUUGCUUCGGUUUGACAAUGGACGACAAUGGUUCUCUCUAUGUCGUUGACUAUGAAAAACAUGAAGUGAGACGAUAUAAAAUUGGUGACACUAAAGGAACAGUAGUUGCAGGUGGUAACGGAAAAGGAAAUCGUCUCGAUCAACUCUCUAAUCCCCACUACGUAUUUGUCGAUCGAGAUCAUUCAGUUUAUGUGUCUGAUUGGGGAAAUAAUCGUGUAAUGAAAUGGGAAGAACGUGCAAAACAAGGCAUUGUCGUAGCCGGUGGUCAAGGAAAAGGAAAU